AUGAAAGUCCUGCUGAACACAGAAAGUUUUAGUUCUUCAUCCAGAGUGAAGAAAAAGGAAAUAUUUCAGAGUGAAGUGGUUGUGGAGGGUCUAAGCCCUGAAGGCCAGCGCUCCAGCCGCCAUCCCGUGCUCACCUUGGUGCUGCUCCUGCUCCUGUUCCUGCUGCUGGCCGUGGUGGCGGCCUUGGCUGUGCGGUCAGCUCGACAGGUUCCAGCUCUGCCUGCGGCUCCGACGUUGGUUCUGGGCUGUCCCUCUGGCUGGGUUGGACACAAUGGAGUCUGCUACUACUUCUCAAGGGACAGCAGGACCUGGGAGCAGAGCCAAGAGCAGUGCUCCGAGCUCGGGGCCUCCCUGGCCAUUGUCCAGGAUGAGGCAAUGCAUUGGCUCUUGCGCCUCCGCGGGAACGUCGAUUACUGGCUCGGGCUGCGCAGACGGGGCGAGCGCCUGCGGUGGGGGGACGGCAGCAGCUUCAGCUCCUCGGUUCCUGUCCUUGGCAGUGCAGAGUGCGUGUGCCUGGCUGAGGAGAAAUUCAGGACCUUUGCCGUGACUCUCUUUAACCAGCACCGCCGCUCCGACGGUGGCUCGGCCCUGCUCUUUCAGUGUUAG